AUGUCGGUCGACGAGAAUAAGAUCGCCAUACAACACGUCGAGGAUUUCGACAAAGUGCAAGAUGCUCAACAUGAUUCCGAAGACCUUCCUGGGUCACUUCGUGGACUUAACCAGCAAGAGCUAGCCACACUUGGCAAAUGGACGACUCUGAAGCUGGACUGUAUAAUCAUGCCAGCACUUACAAUCCUCUAUAUCUUGUAA